AUGUCACAGUUCCUAAAGAAUGAGAAUGAUGAGAGCAUGUUAAAUAUGUCCUUUAGUCUAAGUGAAGGGGAAAGUGAUAGAAUGCCCCGAGUAACCAGAUCACUCAGUCUAAGAGAAAGUGAAGCAGAGGACAAGUUUGAGGAUGCCCAUGAAAGUAUCCCUGUGGCAACAACAAUGAACCUCUUUUCAUCCUUGGAAGAAUGCACAACUGGGUUGUAUUUGUUUCUAAAUAACAGAUUCUCAGAUGCCAUCAAUCUUAUUCAACCGUGGUCAAAAAACAGCCCAUACCACGCCCUAAUAUACAGUAUGCUUAUGGUUGUCAAGGCCAUCCUGACCUUUGAGCCACAGGAUAUUCAGAUUGGAAUUAAUGCUGCAAAGGAUGCUUUGAAAACCUGCAACAAUUUCCGAAAAAGACCUAGGAUGACGACUUUAUCUCGCCUAGUGAGUAGGCAAGGAAUAAACUCUAUCAAAGAGGAGGAAUUGCAUGCAGAAGUCUGUUAUGCCGAGUGUUUGAUCUUGAAGUCUGCCAUAACAUUUAUACAGGACGACAGUUUGCUGAGUUUUUUUAAAAGUGGCAUGAACUUUGGGUCAAGCUUCCAAAUAUACAAAGACUGCCAACAGGUCUUAGCACUUAUGCCUGACAACCAGAGCAAAGCCCACAGACACCUGGAUGGAGGGGUCAAAUUUGGACUUGGUGUAUUCAAUCUGAUGUUUUCACUUGUGCCACCAGCGUCACUUAAACUUCUUAACAUGGUUGGCUAUUCUGGAGACAGAGAAGUGGGCCUGGCUUUGCUUCACGAGAGUGCAUCCGAACCCCACAUAAAUAACAUCUUAAGCGUUUUCACUCUUCUAUUUUAUUACAAUUAUGUACGUGUAGUUGUUGGUGUUGAAAAGGUUUCCACUACUGCCACAGAGAGUCUCUUCCUAAUCUACCUGGAGAGAUUCCCCAACUGUGUUGUACUUAAAUUUUUUCGUGCACGUUUUAGCAUGCUAAAUGGAAAUUUUGAAACCGCACAGUUAAGGUUACAAGAGUGCAUCCUUACUCAGAACGAGUGGAAGCAGGUCCACCACCUCUGUUACUGGGAACUCAUGUGGUGCCACAUUUUCCUGCAGAAUUGGAAGCAGGCAUACAAAUACGCCAAUCUACUGUCUCAGCAUAGCAGGUGGUCUAAGGCAAUAUAUAUGUACAGCAAAGCUAUAAUACUGGCCUUGCUUCCUCCUGAUUAUGUGGAAUCAGAAACUGAGAAAAUGAGAUCUGUCUUCUUACAUGUGGAUAGCCUUAGAAUCAAAAUUUUAGGCUCUUCUCUGCCAAUAGAAAAGUUUAUUGCUGAGAAAAGUCAGCGCUACGGUUCCACAACAGGCUGGUUUACAGCACAGCCCCUUCUGGAAUUCAUUUACGCCUGGAGUGGUUUCCGAGUCAUGAGCAAGAAAAUAGAGCUUAUUUCAAGUUGGCUAGCAAUAAUUGACAGAGGAAAAGACCUUUUGAGUGAGAAUCCAAGCGAGGAGUAUGGCACAGAUGACAUGAGUUUGCUAAACUUGCUGAAAGGUCUGUGCCUGAAACACUUAGGCAAACACUUGAAGGCUGAGCACUACUUUAUUCGUGUUAUCAAGAAGGAGAAAAUGUUAAAAUAUGACCGCUACUUGGUGCCGUACAGUUACUAUGAGCUGGGAAUGCUGCACUACCUGAAGGGAGACUACAGCAGUGCCAUGAAGAACCUGGACCACAUAAAGAACUACAAAGACUACUCCAUGGAAGCCCGGCUACAGUUCAGGGCUCACGUUGCCCUUGAGCAGAUCUCUAAAUUAGAAAAGUGAUUCUUAACCCAGUGUACUUUAGUUCAGUAGAAGUGUGAGAUCUACGAUCAGUCAAGUCAUUAGUGGGUAGAAAAGUAAUUCCUUCGUGGAAAGCAAAAAUCCAAGAGGCAGGCGCUAAGAAUCUGAUAAGAAAGGAAUAUGCCAUUUCUUUGCCCCCUCUCCUCCUCCUUACCCAUAAAAUGCUUAGACAAAAAAACGGAGUGAUGCACAUUCUUGGAAAAGGAAAGGCAAAUGCUGUACAUUGCAAAAAGAUGAGUUAUUAUGUUAACAGUUUGAAAACCUCCAAAGGUUUCGCCUCCCACUAGAUACUGAAUACAUCUUGCACAUAACAGAGUGAAUGUUUACCUGUUAAAGAAAUGACCUCAGUAUCUUACUGUUUCAAAAAUAAUGGCACACUCGGUAGUAUAAACUCUGAAAGGUUUUCCCUUAUAAACAAUCGUUUUCAUGGGCCUUUAUAUCGAAGAUGAUUUUCCCCUGUGUGAUAAGGAAUAUUUUUUACACUUUUACAUAAGGAAUACUAGGACGCUUUAUUUUGAAUUUAUAAUUUGCCAGAGAAUAGAGAAGAAAGAAGUCUCCAUCCACACAUAAUCCCUAUGAUGAUAAUUGGAGGAAAUCAAGAUGAUGCUAGACCAUUGGGUAAACAAACAAAAAACAAA